GUUUUCAUUUUUUAUUUUCCCUUCUCCGGCGCUUCUUCCUUCACAUAGCAGCCUUCGCCAUAGUUAGCUGAAAAACUGUAGCCAUCUUCAGAGAGAUAGAGAGAGGCGGAGAGAUACAGAGAGAGAGAUGGCGACUUUCAGUCCGAAGCGAGCAAUGGCGGAGCUACGGCACUCGAGCUCACUCGGGAGCCGAUCCUCUUCCUCUCCGCUGCGCGGCGGCGGCGGUGGCGUUGGCGGUGGAGACGACGACUCGUCGUCGCCUCACGUCCACGAUCACUCUACCACCGGUGGAGACGACGACGACGACCGCCCACGACGGGGAGAUCGCGACCGUUCCUUCUGGUCACUCUCUGGGCUUCACUCGUUGUUCCCUUUCUUCGGUGACGAUCCUAGGGUUUCUCCCCACAAGAACAAGAUCUCGCUUUUGUUGCUGUUUAUUCUAACCGUCGCAAGUUUGAUCUCCGUUUUAGGGAUUGUUAAUCAUUUGAAUACCCCAUAUUUGUGUAGAAAAGAUGGAAUUGUGCUUCACUGCCCACAUGUAAAAGAGACACCUUCUCCCUGGGAGAAUCCUUUGUCUGCUACGACUUCGUGGAAGCCUUGUGCCGAGCGCCAGCUUGGUGGAGUGUCAGAUAUUCCUCCUGAGAAUGAAACAAACGGCUACAUCUUUAUCCACGCUGAAGGUGGUUUGAAUCAGCAAAGAAUUGCUAUCUGUAAUGCUGUAGCUGUUGCCAAGAUUAUGAAUGCAACUUUGAUUCUACCUGUAUUGAAGCAGGAUCAGAUUUGGAAAGACCAAACGAAAUUUGAAGACAUUUUUGACGUAGACCAUUUCAUUGAUUACUUGAAGGCGGAUGUUCGAAUUGUUCGAGAUAUACCUGAAUGGUUCACUGACAAGUCAGAGUUAUUUAGCAGUAUAAGACGAACUGUCAAAAACAUUCCAAAAUAUGCACCAGCACAAUUCUACAUUGACAAUGUUUUACCUCGUAUAAAGGAGAAGAAGAUAAUGGCCUUAAAGCCUUUUGUUGAUCGGCUGGGGUAUGAUAAUGUACCACCGGAAAUCAACAGAUUACGAUGCCGUGUAAACUAUCACGCUCUAGUGUUUCUCCCAGAGAUAGAGCAGAUGGCCGAUUUACUAGUUUCGAGGAUGAGAAAUCGCACAGGAAAGCCAAAUCCAUAUAUGGCUCUUCAUCUGAGAUUCGAGAAAGGUAUGGUUGGCCUAUCCUUCUGUGAUUUUGUGGGAACAAGGGAAGAGAAAGCUAAAAUGGCAGUAUACAGGCACAAGGAAUGGCCUCGGCGUUACAAGAAUGGUUCCCAUCUAUGGCAGCUUGCCCUGCAGAAGCGAAAAGAAGGCCGGUGCCCUCUUGAGCCUGGAGAAGUUGCUGUCAUCCUACGUGCAAUGGGUUAUCCAAAGGAGACGCAAAUUUAUGUAGCAUCUGGUCAGGUCUAUGGUGGGCAGAACCGUAUGGCUCCCCUCAGAAACAUGUUCCCGAAUUUGGUGACGAAGGAGGAGUUAGCGAGCAAAGAGGAACUAGCCAGCUUCAGAAAGCACGUGACGAGCCUUGCGGCCUUAGAUUUCCUGGUCUGCUUGAAAUCAGACGUGUUUGUGAUGACACACGGUGGAAAUUUCGCGAAGCUGAUCAUCGGUGCAAGAAGAUACAUGGGACACCGUCAGAAAUCCAUAAAACCGGACAAAGGGUUGAUGUCUAAAUCCUUUGGGGACCCAUACAUGGGUUGGGAAACAUUCGUAGAAGACGUAGUUGUCACCCAUCAGACACGAACUGGUUUGCCCGAAGAAACUUUCCCUAACUACGACCUCUGGGAGAAUCCUCUCACUCCCUGCAUGUGCAAAGCCUGAUGCUUCUGUUCUGUCCCUCUGUCCUUGCAAAAUCUAUUAUUCUUUUUCUUUCAUUACCAAAGUAUUUGCAUUUUGGACAAAGAGAUGGUUUGGUUGGGGUUUUCACAAGGUAGAUGUUGGGUCUUUAGUUAAUUCUGUAAUCAUUUUGAUAUUGUGUAAAGUUACUUGUUGAAAUAUUUUUAAAUUACAAGAGAUAGGGAAUAGGGAUAUUGAUUGACA